CACGCCUUUUAAAUUCACUACUCCCCUGGGAAUAGAGUAAACUCAGCUCACAUACGCUGUGUGCGCUGCUGUCACAGUGUUUACAUUUAUUUUAUUUUAAUUACGGCACAACCUUGUCGUUUUUAGUAUAGGUUGGAUUUAAACGCCAGAAAAACAAGGAAGUCAAUUGUUAUUUUUUAUCAAGCUUCAGUAUUGUCCAGUACAUAUAAUAUUGCACCCACGUUUUAUUGAAUAGAUACGAUUUUGAAAGAAAUGGAGGUGCUCCUCCACGAGGAUUUGGCAGCUUUGUCAGAUUUGGAUGAACAAAGUUUGUUGGAAUCCCUGAGUCAACGGUUCAGACAAGAUCGCAUCUAUACCUACAUUGGGGACAUCUUGGUGGCCAUAAAUCCAUUUAAAUACCUUCCUCUGUAUGAGAAAGAGGUAUCAGAGAGCUAUAAGUACCAUGAGAAGACCAAGCUACCUCCUCACAUAUUUGCUGUGGCAGACAGGGCCUACCAGUCCAUGCUGGGACGGUUGGCCACAGGACCCCGAAACCAAUGCAUUGUGAUCAGUGGGGAGAGUGGAGCAGGAAAGACGGAGAGCACCAAGCUGCUGCUCAGACAGAUCAUGGAGCUGUGCAGAGCCAACUCUCAGCUGGAGCAACAGAUAUUACAGGUGAAUCCUCUGCUGGAGGCCUUUGGCAAUGCCCAGACUGUGAUGAAUGACAACAGCAGUCGCUUCGGGAAGUACAUUCAGCUGCGCUUCCACAACUCCUCAGUCAAAGGAGCUAAGAUCAACGAGUACCUCCUGGAGAAGUCUCGUGUGGUCCACCAGGAUGAGGGCGAGAGGAACUUCCAUAUCUUCUACUGCAUGCUGGCGGGCAUCUCCCCGGAAGACAAAGACAUGUAUGGACUCCUGGACCCCACGCAGUACAGGUAUCUGAAUGGGCGGUACGGCUCGGAGGACAUAGUAAGGAAAUGGGGGGAGAAGUACAGUGAGGUGUGUAACGCCAUGGACAUGGUGGGAUUUGAGGAACAGGAGAAGGUAGACAUGAUGACUAUUCUAGCAGGGAUCCUUUCUCUGGGAAACAUCAUGUUUGAGCCCACAGAGACCGACGCUCUCAGGGUCACCAACAAGUCCAUGGGCUGGCUCAAAGCCACAGCCGGUCAGUUUGGGGUGCAGGAGGAGGAGUUGCUGAGGAGUCUGACCUGUACUCUGUCUGUGAUGAGAGGAGAAGCCAUCCGCAGGCUGCACAACCAGCAGCAGGCUGAGGAUGCCAGGGACUCCAUCGCCAAAGUGGCUUAUGGGAGAGUAUUCGGCUGGAUCGUCAGUAAAGUUAACGAACUGCUGGCUCCCAACGUUGACUUUGACGUUGAGCUCAGUGAAAUAGGUAUCCUCGACAUCUUCGGGUUUGAGAAUUUUGCUGUUAACCGUUUUGAGCAGCUCUGCAUCAACCUGGCCAAUGAACAGCUGCAGUACUUCUUUAACCAUCACAUCUUUCUGAUGGAGCAGAAUGAAUACAAGGAGGAGGGCAUCGAGUGGGAAUCCAUUUCCUUCAAAGACAACAAGCCUAUCCUGGACCUGUUCCUCACUAAACCCAUUGGAAUCCUUUCUCUCCUGGACGAGCAGAGUGCCUUUCCCCAGGCGUCAGACAGAGACUUUGUGGACAAGUUGAACAGUAAAUUUAAAAGCAGCCCCCACUAUGAGGUGGUCCGGAGUCACAGCCCCCUCUUCACUGUGGUUCACUAUGCUGGGAAGGUCCAGUAUAAUGGACUAGGCUUUCUAGAGAAGAACAGAGACACCAUCCCAGCCAGCAUCAGAAGCCUCUUCAUUAACAGUGUCACGCCCCUACUCAGUCUCCUCUUUGCAGCCACAAUCUCCAGAACAGGCACCUUGAUGCCACGCAAAGCCAAGCUCAUGCAAAAGGCAGAUGACAACUUUAACUCAACUAGGAAACAGUCGGUCGGGGCCCAGUUUAAGCACUCUCUGGCUGUGCUGAUGGAGAAGAUGUUUGUUGCCAGUCCUCACUUUGUCCGCUGCAUCAAACCUAAUGGCAGCAAGCUUCCUGAUCAGGUGGACAACAAAAUAGUCAUGGACCAGCUAAGAUACAACGGCCUGCUAGAAACCAUCAGGAUACGAAGAGAUGGCUUCUCCUGGCGACCGUCGUUCAAAGAAUUUGCUCAGAGGUUCAACAUUCUGCUGAUCAAGCCAGAUUUACCACUAACCAAGGAAAGCUGCAUGUCCAUCCUCAACACUACUGAGAUACAUGGCUGGAAGUGUGGCUCGUCUCGUAUGUUCUUUAAGUAUUGGCACCAGGAGGAGUUGGCCAGGCUGUUAGAGAGACUUGGCAAGGCAGCACUUGUCAUCCAGAAAGACUACCGUUCACUGCGCUGCAGGAGGAAGUACCUGUCCUUGCUGGUGGAAGUGCACAGACAGAGGCAGGCCCAGAGAGAGAGGGCAGAGAGAGAAGCCAGGGAGGAGGAGGAGGAGAAGAGGAGGGAGCAGGAGCUGGAGGAGGAGAUGAGGAGGCGACUGGACAUGGAGCAGGAGAACAAGAGGCCAUUCUCUCCACCUGUGCCCCUACCCAGGAAAAAGAAGCCACAGCCCCAGCCUCGCUCUAUCUUGCCCACUGCUACCCACCUGGCUCCUGUCCCACGGCCCCGCAGCAAACAGUUUGAGGCCACUCCCUUUGACAACCUGGAGGUGCAUAUUGAACUGGCUGAGCUGGUGGGCCAGGUAGGGGGAGAGGAGCGAGCUAGGGAGAGGAGCAAGAAGAGGAAGAACACCAUCCGCUGGUUCAAGGAGACGCAGGCCCGCAAGGUGGUCCACAAUGGAGCCUUCCCCUGCUGGUUCCAUGGCAUGAUUACACGCAGACAAGCAGAGGAUUUGAUGACGGACAAGCCUGUGGGCUGUUUUCUGAUUCGUGUGGGACAGAGCCGGGAGGGCUACACACUAACAUAUAAGGGGGCGAACCGCUGCAGGCACUUUAUGAUUGAGAUGCAGUCCAACGGGAAGUAUGUGAUCCUGGGGGAGGAUAAAGCCCACCCCUCCCUGCCUGAUCUGGUGCAACACCACAGCCAGGUGGGCAUCAAGCCCUUCAACGAGCUGCUCAGCAUGCCUUGUGGACAGACAUGUGACCAGAACACAGACUACGAGGACUUGAAGGGCCUGGACCUCCUGGCUACAGCCAACCACGGGAGCCCCAAGUCUGGGGAGGAGGGUGAGUCAACCCCCGACCCUGUCCACCUGGAGCUCCAGCGGCUCUUCCUGCCCCCGGGGCAGGGCCCCAGCCCGGAGUCCCAGAGACCACCUGUCCUCAGGCGGAUAUCUGACCGAAGACACCGGGCUGUGGCUGGAGGAGGGGAGGCCCCUGGAGGGAGGAGAGGGGAGAGAGGAGAGGGGGAAGAAGAGGAGGACGGGACUGACCACAAGAGCAGGUCAUUCCCCCGGUUGUAUCCUUCCAUCCGAUUGGCUAUGAGGGAGAUCCAACAGCAUUUUCCAGAUGGCCAGGAUCAGAGCCCCUCUAUCUCUCACAGUACCACCAACCCCUCCUGGAGGAGGACCGAUUCAUAACCCAUGGGAUGGAGGGAGUUAAUGCUAUUUGUUGUUUUUCCCCAACUGAAUGAGUUAACUGGACCAUAUUCUGUCUAAGCUUUAUCCAUGAACAAAUUGUAAGGAGAUACUUCCUUGUUUACUAGUAUUUUAUUUUGUAACGAUUUAAAUUGAUGUGUUUUAAGGGGUUUUAUGUUUCUGAUUGUAUUGUUGUUUAUGUUUAUUUAAAUGUAAAUUAUGCAGUGGGAAUGUUUACAUUCUGUGAUUUACUGAAGAUUUUUAUUUGUUUACAUUUUAGAUAUCUGGUUGUCCUCAAGUUCGUUUUUUUUCCCCCAUCAUAAUAAAAUCUGCAUGAAAAUGCUUCGGUGUUAACACAUCAUGGCUCUCUUUCACUUCAGUCAUCAGUGAGUUUUUUUUACCGUUAAAGAAUCAGCCAAUAGGCACGCAGACCUGUAGAGAGGAGUGGUUUUGUUUUUUAACUGAUAUAUUUCCAUCCAGUGACCACAUUCAGAGUAGUAGACAGAUCACAACAGGCAAACAGGAGUCUGACACUGGGACAUAGAUCUAAAUCAACCAGAUACUGUAGGACUCCAAAUCUCCUUGAUGGAUCUCAGGGUUCUGGCUUUUGUGCUGUGUGUCACCAUAUACUCCAUCCAAGGAGCCAUUCCAAAAUGUUGUGUUGGGACAUCCAGGAACAUUCCUUUGAGCAUACUAAUGCGAGUGGAGCGAUAUGAUGUCCAACACAACCAUGGUGCAUGUGAGAUCGACGCUGUUGUAUUACAUGCCAAUGGGAGGAAGUAUUGUGCAGACCCAAGAGUGAAGAAGGUCCUGGGAGUUGCCAUGCAGAUUAGGAAAGCUCAACUGAUGCGGGAAAAACUGAACUCAAUCAUGAGAAGAUGAGGAUAUAGAUCCUGCCAGUUCCCUACAGUGGAGUCACAACUUUGAUUGUGUUUUAAAUUCAAGUCUUUUUGUUCUGUUUACACAUUUAAAAAAUAUUUUUUAAGUUGCCUUUUUAUAAUGUUCAUAUUUCACAGAAGUAUGACCGAUUUUAAUCAUUAAUAAAUUAACUGUGAUUUUCAUUUAACCCUAAUUAGCUUUUGCUUUAUUAGCCAACUCAAAUGUGGUGAGUGACCAGCAAUAACAACUCAAAAUUGGUGAGGCUGAACAAAAUGCACAUGGAUAGAUUAAACAGCUUGUUGAACCUCCGAUCAGUGAAUUACUUCCUCUUCAACAUAGUCCGUUUAGUGAUUAAAUGAGUCAGUGGUUGGUGAUCUGAUCCAGGGUUUCCACUCAAGCAGCAUACUUUGUGUUAAUUAAUUACUCUCUAGAAAGCACUGCAUUCCAUGAAAUUAUUGGGAGCAUAUAGAGUAUAUGUGACUUAUUUUACAAUUCAUUUAUUUUAACCAUAUGGGUUACACCCCAGUGAAAUAUGAGAAAUAAAGUAUUAAAACGCAUUAUGUAAAAAAAUAAAUAAGUCUUACACGUUCUUGUUGAUGGAACGUUUUGAAGGGAUUCCGCAAGCCUUUGCUGAUAGCAGACAACAUCUUGAAAAAUAGUGUUUGUGCCUCUCCUCGGGUUUAGAACAAAGACUCUACUCAAGUGUAAAUGUGACAGCUUUUGGCACUGCGCAGGGUGGUUGAGACGGGAGAGAAAGGUGAUAUGAAUAUCAGCAGACCUACAUAGUUUGUGUUCAUUAAACGUGUUGGAUUUGACAUUUGAACAUUGAGAUAUUAAAGACAUGAUAGAUCAGACGCAUAUUAUAUUAAGGAGUGAGAUCUGUAGAAAGACUGAGUGGCUUUGGAAUGUGUUGGGGGAUGGGGGGGAGAGCACCGUGUUGAUACAGGAAAGAUAGACAUCUGUGGAUCAGGUAAGGUCAGGAGGUGAGGUCCGAUCCCUUUAAGGGAGUAAUAAGGGUUUGGUAUCCUGUUACCCUUUUCUUGUUGAACCAUAAGAUGUAAGGAUUGGAGAGAAGGAGGAGUGUCUUAAGUGGGAUGCAUAUAACUGUGAUGGUGAAAUGUUUUGCUGUCUGAAUUACAGCUGUACAGAACCUUUGGGCAGAAUUAAACUUGGUUAAAAAGCUU